AUGUCGGUCACUCGAGGGUCGCGCAAAACGCGCAUAGUGUGCAUAUCGGAUACGCACAAUCAAACGCCCAAGCUGCCGCAGGGUGACGUGCUGAUUCACGCGGGCGACCUGACGAAUCAAGGCAGUUACAGCGAACUGAAAAAAGCCGUCGAGUGGCUUGAACAACAGGACUUUGAGGCCAAGAUUGUCAUUGCCGGGAAUCACGAAAUUACUCUGGACGAGCCUUUUUUCCGACAGAACCAGGGGUCGUGGAAGUGGCCUUGUGAGCAGGACCCUGGUGCGUGUAGAAGGUUGCUCGUCGAGUCCAAGUCGAUUACCUACCUCGAGAACACGACGACCACAGUACGGCUUGGGGCCAAAGGCGGACCACGAACCGAGUUUAGCGUGUUUGGCAGUCCGUGUACGCCCAAGCAGGGAAACUGGGCAUUUCAGUAUGAGGCGGAUGAAGCAGAGCAUGUAUGGGAUAAGAUUCCCCAAGGCGUAGACAUUGUCGUGACUCAUACACCGCCAAAGGGGCACUGCGACGGGACAGGGACAGAUUGGCAAGACGGGAGAGGAGGGUGUGCAGCCUUGCAGCGACGAUUGUCGAAGAUCCGGCCCAAGUUGAGCGUGUGCGGACACAUUCACGGCGGGCGAGGCGUCGAGACGGUGCGAUGGAGGACUGGUGCGAGGGACCAAGCCACAGAGGGCGAUAGUGGGAGGCUAGUGGAAAGCGUCGAAUUCUGGAACGACCCAGGCAGGGCUAACAAGAAGCUGUCGGUGGUUGAUUUGACGACGGGGUCGAGGGCAGGGCGUCGCUUGGGCAGCUCGGCGAGCUUGCCACGUCAAGGAAGGCCUGACUCGGGGCAGGAGCAUGUCGGACGGGCUGGAGUCGUCGCAGGUGCGCCAGACUCGACUUGUCAGCAGCCUCGAUCCGGUGAUGGGCAGCGUAUAGGUGUAGGCACGCUGAGCCUCACUGCUUGCGCCCUGGACCCAGACGUAGGAAACAGUGAGGCGUUGUGGGGAAGAGGGGGCGGCGAAGAAGAAACUUGGAGCCAUGCCCAAGGGAGGCAUGUUGAGCCAAGCGGGCGGGCGGCGGGCAUGGAGACGACGACAGUGGUCAACGCCGCUUACCUGGGCGGGCGGCGGGCGGGCAAGGCCCAUGGGCAGCACAAGCCGGUGGUUGUCGACCUGGACAUGGACACAGCGGGGGGGCUCUGGUGA